AUGUUGCGCGUGACCUAUGGAGUAGCAGCGGCAUCACACCUAGCUGUAAAGUCUCUUCAACAGACCGCAAGGUACUCGUCGAACAGUUGUCAAAAAGCCGUUUCUGUCAUACUAAACGACUUUUAUAUGUACGAUCUGCUCACUGGUACAUCGUGUAGAGAAGAACUUCAAUCGCUGCAACAAAACGUUUCCGAGAUACUUAAGGAAGGUGGUUUUGAACUAAGAAAGUGGGCGUCGGAUUGCGCGAAACUAAAUAAAACUAUUUCGAACUCGUCCGAAUCUAUACCGCAUUACAUCGUCGAUGGGAAAGAUGUUCACGCCUUGGGCCUAAUAUGGAACACAGACGAAGACCAUUUCACAUUUGCAGUAAACCUGAAGAGACCGCCCGUUAAUUUGACUAAAAGAGCGUUUUUGUCCGAUGUCAGCACACUAUUUGAUCCUCUGGGACUACUUGCUCCAGCAACCAUACGUUCUAAGAUGUGGUUUCAGGACAUUUGGCGUGCCAACGUUGGCUGGGAUGACGUUAUUCCUGACUCCGUCGCCAUAAAGUGGUCGGAACAUCGCUCAGAGAUGCUUCUUCUUUCAAACUUUAAAGUAAAUCGGUGGCUUGGCACCGGAAUAACUGGUUCAGUUACGGAACUGCAUGUGUUCGCCGACGCCUCAGAACGCGCUUACGCCGCCGUAAUGUAUGCGCGAACCUUACAAAAAGAUGGCAGGGUGACAGUUUCGUUGAUCUCGUCGAAAACAAAGGUGGCGCCGCUUAAAUCAACGACUCUACCGCGUCUAGAAUUAUGCGCGGCGCACCUCGCUGCUAAAUUGGUGCGGAACGUAUUGCUUAGCUGGGACGAACUCCGCUACCCUUUGUAUGCGUGGACCGACUCGACCAUCACAUUGGCGUGGAUACAAGCGCAUCCCAGCAGAUGGAUGACCUUCAUUGCGAACCGCGUAGCUGAUAUCCAGGAGGUUCUGCCUCCUGAUUGUUGGAACCAUGUCCACUCAGAACAAAAUCCUGCAGAUUGUGCUUCAAGGGGUAUCAGUCCGUCCGAACUACUCCAUCAUAAGCUGUGGUGGACUGGCCCUGAGUUUUUGGUAGGCGCUGACCUAUUCUGGAAGCAGACGUCAUCGAAGAAUCAUACAACUGAUUGGGCGUUCGAAGCAAGGUUCACGCUCAUGUAA